AUGGAACCUGGAAGUACUAUCAGCCAGCUUCAGGAGCGCGUUUUUGAAGUGCUCCGCUACCAGCGAGGGUGGCCAGUGAUUGGGGCGAGUUCCGUGCGUGUCUUAACAGACUCGGGGUUGCAGCUUCUUGCGGCUCAGAGCCUUGAUUUUGCACAAGAAUAUGCUAUUCAGGUGGAAACCCUAGACUGGCAAGAUAUGCUGGAUGCGCUCAAUGACGUGCCUGAAGUGGCUCCGUUACGGCAUGAAUUAAUCGAGUUGUCCCAGGAGCUUGUAGAAGACUCGCCUGAUCUUACUGCUGGGAGCACAGUCGAAUUCGGCGAUGCUGUACGCAGUAUUUACAAGCUGGUGAACCGCAUGAGAGGACCACAACCAACACGCGGCGACACUGAUGUGAAUGAUCGCCUUGCCAAGCUAUGCUCGGGUAUCCUCAAUCUCGUCUGUGAGAGUCCUAGAAAUGGACGCUUGCUGCUGGAGCGUAUCGAGCAGGAAUAUGGGUAUUUGCUUGAAGAUGACUAG